AUGGAAGUAGAAAAUUAUUUUGAAAUUGUUCCAGCAGGUAAUAUGGCUACUGUUCAAAUAGUAGAGGGUUUUGCACUUGACUUCUUUAAUAUUGCACUUCAGCCAUCUGAAGAUCAAUCAAAUUCAGUUAAAGUUUUUAUGGUAAAUGAUAAAAAACCAGUUUUAUUAUGCAUUUUAGAUGAAAAAGCUGGUAUGUAUCAAAUUAAAACAAAUAUUGAAAUUGAAACUGGAUCUCGUGUUGUCUUCCAAGUUAUUGGAAAAGGAACUGUUACUUUUUCAGGUAUUACUUAUAAAACCACUUUUGAUGAUAGUGCUUGUUCUUGUGAAGAGUGUGGAAUGGAAGAAGUAGAUUCUGAUGAAGAAGAGAAUAGUAAUGAAUAA